AAGCAUGAAUGUUCAGUAUCUGAAGGAAAUAGUCGUAGAGCAAACGCAAACCACCGCUGCAGUGAACAUAGUUAAAAGGAACUACAAACUUGCUAGUAAUACCGUGGAAAAUCGGAUCGCGACAGUAACGGUCAUUUUUCGAAAUUUUUCGCGCCUCGUGCUGAAGCUAACUUCAAAAUUGAAGCCGGCUGGAGUAGGAUUUUCGUGGUGGGGGGGGGGUUUUGAGGUUAGGUAAAAAGUUGUAAAAAUCCAAAAUCUAGUCUGCAUUUUUUGCAACAAAUCUUUAUCAUGGCCGGAAGUAACUCGGGAUUCGUCGGUUUUAUCAAAAACAUAUACAACGACGAAUACAAAUGGGCGCUUGUGAAAAGUACAUCUUUGUUCGUGAUAGGCGUACGAAUUGCCAAAGAAUGUGCAGGGCUUGAGCUGAUGCCGGCGAUUCCACAUUAAAUUCCACACAUCUGUUCCGUGACCUAACUGUGGCAAAUAAACAGAUCUAGUAAAACCCAAAUUAGGGAAAAAGCAUGUUUAUUGCGUUGGUUGUGGCUUGUUUGCAGGUUCUAUGUAUUCCUUCCCCAAGCACGGCUAUAGAAGAAAAGCAGUUUAAUUUUGUGCUUGUUUUGACCGAUGACCAGGAUGUAAUGCUCAAGGGAAUGACUCCCAUGACGAACACAGUCUCACAUAUUGCAAAUCAGGGUGCAACGUUCAUAAACGCAUACACAUCAUCUCCCAUUUGCUGCCCCUCGCGUAGUUCGAUUCUCUCUGGAAGAUAUGCGCAUAACCAUAGAACCUUUAAUAAUUCUGUUGCAGGAGGUUGUUAUGGAGAAUAUUGGCGUCAAAAGGUUGAACCGUUUGCACUGCCCGUAGCUUUGUCCGAGGCAGGAUAUACCACUUUUUUUGCGGGAAAAUAUCUCAAUCAGUACGCUACAAAUGCUAUUCCACCGGGAUGGUCUGAUUGGUAUGGCCUACAUGGAAACUCCCGGUACUACAACUACACUAUCACCGAAAAUGGAAACCCUGUUACUUAUCACGAUAGAUAUUUCACAGACUAUCUACAAUGGAAACUGGUAAAUUUCCUGGACCAAUUGGAUGGAAAACAGCCAUUUUUCGCAAUGGUGGCUCCGCCGGCCCCGCAUUCUCCAUUUACUCCAGCAGAGAGACACAAAGAUUUAUUCCCAUACGCCAAAGCCGUUAGAACUCCGAACUUCAACAUACCUUCCAAUCAAUUAGACAAACAUUGGCUACUUACAAUGCAACCAGCUACUUUACCCGACAAUUUGAUCCCACGGUUAGAUUCAAUUCAUCGUAGUCGCUGGCAGACAUUAGUGGCAGUAGAUGAGAUGGUUAAUGCUAUUGUUGAGAAAUUGAAAGAGAAACAGAUGCUAGAAAAUACUUUUAUCUUCUACACUUCAGAUAAUGGUUAUCAUAUUGGGCAAUUCGCUCAGGGAUUGGACAAGCGCCAACCUUAUGAAACAGAUAUACGAGUUCCAUUCCUUGUACGUGGACCUACGAUUCCUAAAAAAUCUCUCAUCGAUUCACCCAUCGCUUUAAUAGAUAUUGCUCCUACUAUGCUCCAUCUCGCUGGUCUUGAUAUCCCCAAAGGAAUGGAUGGAGUACCCAUAACAUUUGCCAAAGAUAAUAGCUCGUUUGACGAGAGACAAAUUUUAAUCGAAUAUUGGGGCGAAGGCACCACCGAAACAUAUAAUGACGAAUGUCCGUGGCAAGCAUCUGAUCGAUUACAACUGUGCACUAUCGGUGAAGCUUGUCAUUGUCAGGAUGCGUGGAACAAUACUUAUAAUUGUUUGCGGCACAUCGCUCAUGAUAUCAACUUUGUGUAUUGUGAAUUCAAAGAUAAUGAGCAUUUUGUGGAAGCGUACAAUCUGUCCAGCGAUCUUUAUCAGAUGCAAAAUAUUGGUUACGACAUGCUGCCCUCCAUGAUAGCAAAGUACAGUUUAGCGCUGGUAAAUCUCACGGCAUGUACAGGUACAACAUGUCAGAUUGUUUAUUGAAAACUAUUAUAUCAG